AUGGUAAACCGUAGCCUUGUUGUAAGAAAGCUUCUUUGUGUUUUAAUAAAGGAGCAAGUUAAGACUUCUUCUACAUUGCAUAUCCAUUUACAUCAACAUCAACGCGUCCCCACUUAUCUCCUAAAUCCUAAGUCACAAAAUUCACCGCAAACUUGGGCUGUAGAAAUAAGUAUAUUUAGUUUUGUUUAUUCUAAAAUAUUAAAGUUCUCACCAAACAAAAAAAAAUCAACGGAGAUGUAGAACCCACUGAAACGUUCAGAGCUGUCGUUUCCUCAUCCAUUCUAAUGAUUUAUCUUAUAUAAUCCCCUUCACAAUCUCCACCAUAUUCUCAUGCAGCUUACUCACUUCAUCAUCUCUUCUUAACCCCAAAAAACAAACACACAAACAAAAAAAUAAAGAAAAAGAAUAAUAAUAUGGAUCUUCUCCUUCUCUUCUUCUCCCUUCUUCUCUCGUAUCUCUUCUUCAAGAUCUGUAAACUCAUAGACUCAAAGAAAGACAAAGACUGCUACAUCUUAGACUACCAAUGUCAUAAACCAUCGGACGACCGAAUGGUGAGCACUCAGUUCAGCGGAGAAAUCAUUCACCGAAACAAGAACCUCGGUUUAAACGAAUACAAGUUCCUUCUCAAAGCCAUCGUAAGCUCAGGGAUCGGAGAACAAACCUACGCUCCAAGACUCGUCUUCGAGGGCCGAGAAGAGCGUCCGUCUUUACAAGAUGGGAUCUCGGAGAUGGAAGAGUUCUACGUAGACAGCAUCGGGAAACUCCUGGAGAGACAACAAAUCUCACCUAAAGAAGUCGACAUCCUCGUGGUCAACGUCUCCAUGCUCUCCACAAUGCCUUCUUUAGCUUCGAGAAUCAUUAACCAUUACAAGAUGAGGGAAGACGUCAAGGUCUUCAACUUAACCGGGAUGGGAUGUAGCGCGAGUCUAAUCUCCGUAGACAUUGUGAAGAACAUUUUCAAGAGCUACGCAAACAAGUUAGCUCUUAUUGCUACAUCCGAGUCUUUAGGCCCUAAUUGGUACAGCGGAAACAACCGUUCGAUGAUUCUAGCUAACUGCUUGUUCCGGUCCGGUGGCUGUGCUAUUCUCUUGACUAACAAACGUAGCUUGAGAAAGAAAGCUAUGUUUAGGCUCAAGUGUAUGGUAAGGACUCACCAUGGAGCUAGAGAGGAUUCUUACAACUGUUGUAUCCAGUCCGAGGACGAACAAAGCCGUGUAGGGUUUUACUUGGGGAAGAAUCUACCAAAAGCGGCGACUCGAGCUUUUGUAGACAAUCUCAAGGUCAUAACACCCAAGAUUCUUCCAGUAACCGAGCUCUUGAGGUUCAUGCUAAAGCUACUCAUCAAGAAAAUCAAGAUGCAUCAAAACCCUAGCAAGGGCUCCAUGAAUCUCCCACCGGGGACUCCUGUAAAGGCAGGGAUCAACUUCAAAACCGGGAUCGAACAUUUUUGCAUUCAUACCGGAGGAAAAGCUGUGAUUGAUGGGAUUGGACAUAGCUUGGAUUUAAGCGAGUAUGAUAUUGAACCGGCGAGGAUGACUCUUCACCGGUUUGGGAAUACAUCGGCUAGUAGUUUGUGGUAUGUUUUGGCUUAUAUGGAGGCUAAGAAGAGACUGAAGAGAGGAGAUAGAGUGUUUAUGAUAAGCUUUGGAGCUGGUUUUAAGUGCAACAGCUGUGUUUGGGAAGUUGUGAGAGAUCUCACCGUUGGAGGAUCAAAAGGGAAUGUGUGGAAUCAUUGCAUUGAUGAUUAUCCACCUAAAUCGAUUUCGAAUCCUUAUUUGGAGAAGUUUGGUUGGAUUCAAGAUGAAGAACUUGAUACUUUCAAGAUCCCUGAUGGGUUUAUGUAAAACGUUUCCGCACAAAAACGCAAACUCGGAAACAACACAAAAGGGCAAGCACUUCCAGUAAGAUGAGGAAUUUUACUAAUUUGCCAUCAUAUUGGAAUGCUGGCUUCUUUUUCGUAUGUUAUGAAUUUAAUAUUUUUGUAUUAAUGUCAAGUUUUAAUUCAUUCAAUACCUCUUUUCAA